ACUACAACAGGUUUGUAAUGUACUGCUGCUCCUCCUGCGGCUGUGAGUCACGCUACAGACGCACCGAGCGCGAGACGGCGUCUCUGUUUACACCGACGCAGUCUUACUACACGACAGCACACGCGAGACGAAAACGCACCGCACUUUCGGUCCAGCGCGAGCGGGUUUAUCGCCCCGAGUGAGUGGAGCACAUGAAGAGCCGCGGCGAGGUCUCCCGGGACCGGGGCGCGCGCGCUGUUCUCACGCCGUAGGAUGUGCGCGCGCGGCGGCGGCGGCGGCGCGUCGAGGCGGCACCAGAAGGAUGCCUCAGAAAUACAGAAAGCUUUUUUCCGGACGAGAGAGGACGUCCACUCAUCUUCUCUGGCUUUGGAUUCUGAUUCCUCUCAUUGCUCAAGGCCACAGCUACUUCAUGAGCGAUUCCAAGGCCGUCCUGCAGGGAUGCAAGGACCAGUGGACUCUGCAGGAAAACCAGCGCGUGCCACAGCUCUUCCAGAUGACCGUGUGCUUGGACGUGCGCUUGUUGACUGCUGGAAAGUGGAUGGCCUUUAGCUACACAACGCCUCACUCACCGUACUACGACCUGGCACUGCAGGGUGACAGCGAUGCCGUGUAUGCCUGGCUCUUGGGUGUGCAACACCGCUUCCCGGUGCAGCUGGCACUGAAACGUUGGCACCGUCUGUGUCUACGCAUUGACUCAUUACGUAACAGCUUCAGCCUGACCAUCAGCAGCAGUCAGGAAACACACGAGCGUACGGUGAUUGCUCAUGCCAUGCGACCCAAUGGCAAGCUACAGCUUGGAUGUCAGCAAUGGGAGAUCUUCCCAGGAACCACUACGGCCACCAUGGAGCUGUACCUGUUCAGAAUGUGGGGGGACGUGAGGGAGCAUGCACUGUGUGAGGACGGCACGAUUGUGGGCUGGGACACAAGCAUGUGGAGAAUCAGUCAAGCCCAGACCUGGGUCCAGGAUGACACACUUUACUGUGGCAUACUCAGUCUUUUAGACCUUGUACGGGUGAAACGCGACGUGGGACCACAACUUCAUGUAACUGGAACUCCCUUUACAACUUCAGCUACUCCCCAACGAACGACCAUGACCACUAGCUUUACUAAACUUGUUACUACUGCCACUAAAACUAAUACUCCUGCUAACACAGAUACCCUCUCGACUAUCUUUCCUACUACCACACGUACUCCUGUGGCUACUAUUUCUACUGCUACUUCUAGAGCUAUUACUUCAACUGAGAAAACUACUACAGCUACUAGUUCUGCAACUACAGAUACCAUUGUACAUACCACCGACACAACAAAAAUCGUUACUCAUACCUUCACAGACACAACCACAAAUUUUACCCCUACUAACAAAGCUACUACAGGUACUCCUACUCUCACACAUAAGGCCACAAUUGUUACUGCUACAGAUACCACUACACAUACUACCCUAGCUACUACUGCUACAACCACAGAUACCACAGAAUCAAAUACUACUUUUACCACAGAAGCCCACAUGACUGCUAUUCCUGCUACCACAGAUACCAACAUGACUGCUAUUCCUACUACUACAGACAGCCACAUGACUACUAUUCCUACUGCCACAGAUAGCCACAUGACUGCUAUUUCUGCUACAAUAGAUACCCAAAUGACUACUAUUCCUGCUACUACAGAUACCCACAUGACUACUAUUCCUGCUACUACAGAUACGCACAUGACUUCUAUUCCUACUGCCACAGAUACCCACAUGACUGCUAUUCCUACUACCACAGAUACCCACAUGACUUCUAUUCCUACUGCCACAGAUACCCAUCUGACUUCUAUUCCUGUUAUUACAGAUACCUACAUAACUGCUAUUCCUACUACCACAGAUACCAACAUGACUACUAUUACUGCUACUACAGAUACCCACAUGACUGCUAUUCCUGCUACUACAGAUACCAACACGACUUCUAUUCCUACUACCACAGAUACUCAAAUGACUGCUGUUCCUGCUACCACAGAUACCAACAUGACUUCUAUUCCUGCUACCACAGGUACCAACAUGACUGCUUUUCCUACUAGCACAGAUACCCAAAUGACUUCUUUUCCUACUACCACAGAUACCAACAUGACUUCUAUUCCUGCUACCACAGGUACCAACAUGACUGCUUUUCCUACUAGCACAGAUACCCAAAUGACUUCUUUUCCUACUACCACAGAUACCAACAUGACUUCUAUUCCUGCUACCACAGAUACCAACAUGACCUCUAGUCAUACUACCACAGAUACCAACAUGACCUCUAGUCGUACUACCACAGAUACCCCCAUGACAGCUAUUUCUGCUACAGAUACCAACAUGACUACUAUUCCUACAACCACAGAUACCCCCAUGACUGCUAAUUCUGCUACCACAGAUACCCAAAUGACUACUAUUCCUGCAACCACAGAUAUCCACCUGACUACUCUUCCUGGUACUACAGAUACCCACAUGACUGCUAUUCCUACUACCACAGAUACCCAUCUGACUUCUAUUCCUGCUAUUACAGAUACCCAUAUGACUGCUCUUCCUACUACCACAGAUACCCACAUGACUGCUUUUCUUACUACCACAGAUACCAACGUGACUUCUAUUCCUACUGCCACAGAUACCCACAUGACUACUAUUCCUACUACCACAGAUACCCAAAUGACUGCUAUUCCUACUACCACAGAUACCCAAAUGACUACUAUUCCUACUGCUACAGAUACCAACAUGACAUCUGUUCCUACUGCCACAGAUACCCACAUGACUGCUAUUCCUACUGCUACAGAUACCAACAUGACAUCUGUUCCUACUGCCACAGAUACCCACAUGACUGCUAUUCCUACUACCACAGAUACCCAAAUGACUGCUAUUCCUACUACCACAAAUACUCACAUGACUGCUAUUCCUACUACCACAGAUACCCACAUGACUUCUAUUCCUACUACCACAAAUACUCACAUGACUUCUAUUCCUACUACCACAGAUACCAACAUGACUGAUUUUCCUACUACCACAGAUACCAACAUGACUGUUAUUCCUACUACCACAGAUACCCAAAUGACUGCUUUUCCUGCUACCACAGAUACCCACAUGACUACUGUUCCUACUGCCACAGAUACCCACAUGACUGCUUUUCCUACUACCAAAGAUACCCAAAUGACUGCUAUUCCUACUACCACAGAUACCCAAAUGACUGCUUUUCCUGCUACCACAGAUACCCACAUGACUACUAUUCCUACUGCUACAGAUACCAACAUGACUUCUAUUCCUACUACUACAGAUACCAACAUGACUCCUAUUCCUACUACCACAGAUACCCAAAUGACUACUAUUCCUACUGCUAUAGAUACCCAAAUGACUUCUAUUCCUAUAGCCACAGAUACCCAUAUGACUGCUAUUCCUACUACCAGAGAUAAAAACAUGAAUUCUAUUGCUGCUACUACAGAUACCCCCAUGAAUUCUAUUCCUGCUACUACAGAUACCAACAUGACUUCUAUUCCUACUACCACAGAUACCCACAUGACUACUAUUCCUACUGCUACAGAUACCAACAUGACUUCUAUUCCUACAGCCACAGAUACCCAUAUGACUGCAAUUCCUACUACCAGAGAUAAAAACAUGAAUUCUAUUCCUGCUACUACAGAUACCCCCAUGACUUCUAUUCCUACUGCUACAGAUAUCAACAUGACUACUAUUCCUACUGCUACAGAUACCAACAUGACUUCUAUUCCUACAGCCACAGAUACCCAUAUGACUGCAAUUCCUACUACCAGAGAUAAAAACAUGAAUUCUAUUCCUGCUACUACAGAUACACCCAUGACCUCUAUUCCUACUACCACAGAUACCCACAUGACUACUAUUCCUACUGCUACAGAUACCAACAUGACUUCUAUUCCUACAGCCACAGAUACCCAUAUGACUGCAAUUCCUACUACCAGAGAUACCAACAUGAAUUCUAUUCCUGCUACUACAGAUACCCCCAUGACUUCUAUUCCUACAGCUACAGAUACCAACAUGACUACUGUCCCUACUACCACCUAUCCCAUCAUGGCUACUUCUCUUAUUCUCACAGAUACCACUGCAAUUGUUACUCAUACUACCACAGAUACCCACUUGACUACUAUUCCUACUACCACAGAUACCCCCAUGACUACCAGACACCCCACCACAGUAACUACUCCUAUUAGGCCAAAUACCACUGCAAUUGGUACUCAUACUACCACAGAUACUGCCAUAGUUAGUAGUCCUAUUCCCACAGAUACCACAGAUACCCCCCUGACUAGUAUUCUUACUCCCACAGAUAGCACAGUUCUUGCUAAUAUGACUAUAGAUACACCUGUGAAAACUAUUAAUUCCUCUACAGAUACCCCAGAGACUAGUACUCCCACAGAUAUCAGCAUAGCUACUACUCUUACUACUAGAGAUACCUUAAGUAAUACACCUACUACCUUAUCUACUAGUCCUACCACCAUAUACACAGCCAUAUUUACUUCUCCUACACCCAGAGACACCAUACCUUUUUAUCCUACUACUAUAGAUACAAUACAUAUUAAUCGUACUAUCACAGAUACUAUAACUACUCCAGCUACAAUUUCUGUUCUUCCAACUAGCAAAGAUCCUGCAGCCACUGCUGUUACAACUGCUGAAAAAAACACAAUUACUACUCCUAACAAAGUCAUUACACCAACUACUACUAUUACUGCAACAGAUAAACAGCAAGACAACUGUAGUUGUCUUACAUUCUGCAGAGAUUCUGGAGCAUUAUAUACAUUCAAUCUGGAUAUCAAGAGUGGCCAUGUUACUGAGACCGAAAUCCUGAAUACAAUUUCACAGCUGGGUUCUCCUUGCAACUCAACAGUUAUUCCUCAGACUCUGUGUAAUAAUAUUUCCAUGCAAUCCAGUUACUAUCAGGAGACACACAUACUGUGCGAUGGUAAUGAACCAAGACUGAAAAGCUGUAUGAUAGCAGUGCUAUUCAGUCAGCCACUGGACAUGUGUACUCUCAGCGAGGUUCUGGCUACCUUAUUCCAAUCUAAUUCCAAAAUCACUUAUAACGGCCUCCUUAACAGAACUGCUGCUCUAUGUGGAUCACCCAGCGUUUCUAAAGGUGCGCUCUUAAAGUCAACAUACAGAUGGUUCUCUGCUAACGUCAGCUCUAACCAAAUCUGUGAUCUAUCAGAUGACCAGUUCCACUCCCUCACCAGCCAGCUUACUUGUGGUGAAGGUCAAGUGCUGUCUGUGCAGCUAAAUGAGAACUGUCAGCGUCCAUCAUCACCGACUGGUCCAAACCAGAAACCACAAAAAAACACCACAGCAUUACCUUUAUAUACAACAGUCACAGCUUCUGCUACAACAGCUACACCAUCCAUGUCUGUGCUUCCAAACGUCAAUCAUACAGUCACAGAACCCAGUGGUGCAGUCCAGCCGACUAAUACUGUGCUUACACAACCGAAUACUACAGACACAAAGGCUAAUAAUACAAAUUUAAACACUACUCCAGACACCACAAACACAACACUGGCAUCAUUCAAUAGCAGUAUAAAUCCAAACAUUACAAACACAACACCAUCAUUCAACAGCAGUAUAAAUCCAAACAUUACAAACACAACACCAUCAUUCAAUAGCAGUAUAAAUCCAAACACUACUCCAAACACUACAACCACAACAUCAGCGCCAUUCAAUAAUAGUAUAAUUCCAAACACUACUCCAAACACUACAAACACAAUAACAGUGUCAGUGAAUGACAAUCGAAAUUUAAACACUACUCCAGACACUACAAACACAACACCAACAUCAUUCAGUAACAGUACAAAUCCAAACACUACUCCAGACACUACAAACACAACACCAACAUCAUUCAGUAACAGUAUAAAUCCAAACACUACUCUAAACACUACAACCACUACACCACAAUCAUUCAAUAAUAGUAUAAUUCCAAACACUACUCCAAAGACUACAAACACAACAUCAGCAUCAUUCAAUAACAGUAUAAAUCCAAACACUACUCCAAACACUACAACCACAACAUCAGCAUCAUUCAAUAAUAGUAUAAUUCCAAACACUACAAACAUGACACCAACAUCAUUCAAUAACAGUAUAAUUCCAAACACUACUCCAAACACUACAACCACUACACCACAAUCAUUCAAUAACAGUAUAAGUCCAAACACUACUCCAAACACUACAACCACAACAUCAGCGCCAUUCGAUAACAGUAUAAUUCCAAACACUACUCCAAACACUACAAACACAACACCAACAUCAUUCAAUAACAGUAUAAAUCCAAACACUACUCCAAACACUACAACCACUACACCACAAUCAUUCAAUAACAGUAUAAAUCCAAACACUACUCCAAACACUACAACCACAACAUCAGCGCCAUUCAAUAACAGUAUAAUUCCAAACACUACUACAAACACUACAAACACAACACCAACAUCAUUCAAUAAUAGUAUAAUUCCAAACACUACUCCAAACACUACAACCACUACACCACAAUCAUUCAAUAACAGUAUAAAUCCAAACACUACUCCAAACACUACAACCACAACAUCAGCGCCAUUCAAUAACAGUAUAAUUCCAAACACUACUACAAACACUACAAACACAACACCAACAUCAUUCAAUAAUAGUAUAAUUCCAAACACUACUCCAAACACUACAAACAUGACAUCAGCGUCAGUGAACGACAAUCGAUAUUUAAAUGCUACUCCAGACACUAUAAACACAACAUCAGCAUCAUUCAAUAACAGUAUAAAUCCAAACACUACUCCAAACACUACAACCACAACAUCAGCAUCAUUCAAUAACAGUAUAAAUCCAAACACUACUCCAGACACUACAAACACAACACCAACAUCAUUCAGUAACAGUAUAAAUCCAAACACUACUCCAAACACUACAAACACGACACCAACAUCAUUCAAUAAUAGUAUAAUUCCAAACACUACUCCAGACACUACAAACACAACACCAACAUCAUUCAAUAACAGUAUAAAUCCAAACACUACUCCAGACACUACAAACACAACACCAACAUCAUUCAAUAACAGUAUAAAUCCAAACACUACUCCAAACACUACAAACACAACACCAACAUCAUUCAAUAAUAGUAUAAAUCCAAACACUACUCCAAACACUACAAACACAACACCAACAUCAUUCAAUAACAGUAUAAUUCCAAACACUACUCCAAACACUACAAACACAACACCAACAUCAUUCAAUAAUAGUAUAAUUCCAAACACUACUCCAGACACUACAAACACAACACCAACAUCAUUCAAUAAUAGUAUAAAUCCAAACACUACUCCAAACACUACAAACACAACACCAACAUCAUUCAAUAAUAGUAUAAUUCCAAACACUACUCCAAACACUACAAACAUGACAUCAGCGUCAGUGAACGACAAUAGAAAUUUAAAUGCUACUCCAGACACUACAAACACAACACCAACAUCAUUCAAUAACAGUAUAAAUCCAAACACUACUCCAAACACUACAAACACAACACCAACAUCAUUCAAUAAUAGUAUAAUUCCAAACACUACUCCAAACACUACAAUCACUACACCACAAUCAUUCAAUAACAGUAUAAAUCCAAACACUACUCCAAACACUACAACCACAACAUCAGCGCCAUUCAAUAACAGUAUAAUUCCAAACACUACUCCAAACACUACAAACACAACACCAACAUCAUUCAAUAACAGUAUAAUUCCAAACACUACUCCAAACACUACAACCACAACAUCAGCAUCAUUCAAUAAUAGUAUAAUUCCAAACACUACUCCAGACACUACAAACAUGACAUCAACAUCAUUCAAUAAUAGUAUAAUUCCAAACACUACUCCAGACAUUACAAACAUGACAUCAACAUCAUUCAAUAAUAGUAUAAUUCCAAACACUACUCCAAACACUACAACCACAACAUCAGCGCCAUUCAAUAACAGUAUAAUUCCAAACACUACUCCAAACACUACAAACACAACACCAACAUCAUUCAAUAAUAGUAUAAUUCCAAACACUACUCCAGACAUUACAAACAUGACAUCAACAUCAUUCAAUAAUAGUAUAAUUCCAAACACUACUCCAAACACUACAACCACAACAUCAGCAUCAGUCAAUGACAAUAGAAAUUUAAACAUUACUCCAUCAUUCAGUAACGUGACACAAUCUUACACCACCCUAAACAUAUCAUCAUCAUCAUCAGGCUCCAAACCAAACGCCACUCUCAAUGUUACAGAUACAACAUUAUCACCGUAUAAUAUGACACAACCAAGCACCACAACACUGAUCGCCACUACAGUUACUCCAAACACUACAUUAUCUACUGAAACAUCAGCCUCAUUUAACACAACCUUCCCACCAAACACAACACUGUUGAGCCCAACAACUUCCACAAUUCUGUUGAAUUUCACCACGGAGAGCUUCACUACAAACUAUUCAGGUCAAUACACGACCCCAAGUCCAAUUAACGUUACACAGGUUAUGACUAAUACUACACUAGGUAGUUAUAAAAUGUUCAAUAAUUUGACAUCAGGUCCUCUAAACAUCACAGUCAGCCCCGGCAAUCACACCACAGCUACUGUCAAGAACAUAACCUUGCUGAACACAACAAAGCUUCCUAACAUUACUCUAGCCAACACCACACAAUCUAUAGUACUAAACAAUAAUACUACAACAGUAGCACCAAACAAGCCCACUGCCCAGGCAGGAAAGAAUACCACCACCACCUCCAUCACCACCACCAGCAGUGGAACAAGUACAGCAGGGACCACAACAACAGUGAGCCCUCAGUCUUUGGUAAAUCAGCUUCUGAACCAGUCUCAGGAUAUUUCGACCCUGAACUCCUCCCAAGUGCAGAAUGUGGUCAACCAACUGGCGGAUAUUCUAUCAGCACCAAACAUCAGCUUGAAUGUGUGUCAGGGUGCUCUGUUUGUCGUUAACAAACUCCUCGAUGCACCUAAAGAAGCUUUGGCCUCCUCGUCCAACCGCUUGAUCAAGGUUGUGGAUGAACUGGCAUUGAAAUUGGUCAUUCCAGACACGUCAGCCACAAUAACAUUUCCAUCCCUUGCACUGGCGGUGACCAAAAUCGAUGGAACCAACUUUGCAGGAAUGUCGUUCUCCAUCAACAGCCCAACAGACAUAGCGAUGAGAAGCAGGACAAGGAGGUCUGUAGCUAGUUCUUCUCCUCAGGGUUCCAUCACACUCCCUGCCUCUCUGACAGAUGGUCUCUCCCCAGAGCAGAAGCAACAGGCAUCCCGGCUUCAGUUCACAUUCUUCCACAAGAGCACACUGUUUCAGGACAAACGCAGUGAUCAGCAGCUGAACAGCCUCGUUCUGGGGACAAGCGUCGCCAACCUGUCCAUCAGAGGCCUGAGAGACAAUGUGGAGGUCUCGCUGAAGAAUACGACCCCUAUAGAGGGAAAGCUGACUUGCGUUUUCUGGGACUUUAACCAAAAUGGUGGACAAGGAGGUUGGAACAAAAGCGGCUGUUUUCUCCUGAACAGCACCGAUAACGAGAUGAAGUGUAGCUGCAACCACUUGACCAGCUUUGCAGUGCUAAUGGACAUCUCCAGGAGUGGAGUUACAGACCAAGUGCAGGGCACCAUCCUCACCUUCAUCACUUACAUUGGAUGUGGAGUUUCCACCAUCUUCCUUGCCAUCACCCUCCUCACCUACCUGGCCUUUGACAAAAUCCGCAGAGACAUUCCGUCCAAGAUCCUCAUCCAGCUGUGUUUUGCGCUCUUCCUACUCAACAUGGUCUUCCUGCUAGACUCAUGGCUGGCGCUCUACACGAAUGCCGUUGGCCUCUGCAUCUCCACGGCCUUCUUCCUGCACUACUUCUUGCUCGCCUCCUUCACAUGGAUGGGUCUGGAGGCCUUGCACCUCUACCUAAGUAUCGUCAAGGUCUUCAAAAACUUCAUCUCGCAUUACAUGCUGAAGUUCUCUCUGGCGGGAUGGGGUAUACCAUUAAUCGUUGUGAUCAUUGUGAUUUCGGUGGACAAAAAUAACUACGGCCUCGUUGCGUAUGGAAAGUAUACAAAUGGGAGCACAGAUGAUUUCUGCUGGCUGAAGAGCAAUAUAGCCUACUACGUGUCAGUGGUGGCCUACUUCUGUGUGAUCUUCCUGGCCAACUUGAUCAUGUUUGUGGUGGUCAUGGUACAUCUGAGACGCAUCAAACGGCAAAACCCCCAAAAUAACCAAUACCGCAAACGGCUCCAGGAUCUACGCAGCAUUGCCGGUCUGGCCAUCUUACUCGGCCUCACCUGGGGAUUUGCUUUUUUUGCUUGGGGUCCCGUCAACUUAGCGUUCAUGUACCUCUUCACCAUCUUCAACUCCUUCCAGGGUUUUUUCAUCUUUGUGUUUCACUGUGCGGUAAAAGAGAAUGUCCGGAGGCAGUGGCGAAUCUACCUCUGCUGUGGCAGGUUCAGACUAGCAGAAAACUCAGAUUGGAGCCGGGUAGCAACUCAUCACACCAAGAAGAAUUCAGUCAACACAGCCAACAUUUCCCAGUCCUCUUUUAACCAGAGUACUUCAAGGAACUCCUCAAUGAGCAGUGACAGCUUGGGCUUAUCAGCAGCCAUAAAUAACUCACCAGUGGAUGACAGCGGGUUCGCGUCUUCGGAAGAGGCCAUCAGCCAUGCUCUCCAAGGAUAGCUUGAAUCAGCGCUCUGUACGCUGACGUGAGCGAUGUGUGCCCAUGGUUUAAUGACGCAAUCUGUGGACAUAGUGAACUUUUUUGCACUACAGUCGGUGGGACGGUGGAGCAGCAGGUAUCUUCAGGGACUGAUUGAUUCAUGAAUGACUCUAGGAUGUUCUUCAUGUACUUCAAGGAUGUAUUCCCAUCUUGCUCCGUAUUCCCAGGAGAGCUUCCCGGGAUGUGCUGCAGCCCUGACCAGGAUAAAAUGGUUAAUGAAGGAUGGAAUAAAUGUGAAACAGAGGAACAGUUCCUGAACCUGAGCGUGUCCAGUGUGCACCCUACCACCUCAUACACGUACAGAUGGUGACGAAAAGGAAAAAAUAGAAUAAUAUAAAGGAGAAACAUAAUGAGGGUGGAGACAGGUUUACAGUUAUAAGCAAAUAACACUGAUCCAGUGGAUGUCAAUUUUGGAUCAAGGCUUGAAAGAGAGUUUGUUAUUGGAGCAUGGAUGAAUACAGGACCAUGCAUUAUUAUUCGUUAGUGUGAAAAACGAGCUUUGACUUUUCUUGGGGUUUCAGCUGAAUAUUUUGGUCCUGGUUGCAGACAGACGUUAAGAAUCUACACCACGCAUGGAUUUUAAAAAGAACAGUGAAACUACCAGCUUGUGAGUUUUAGGAUGGAAAAAAAAAACACCAGAGCAAAAAUCCUUGAGGAAAGUAAAUAAAAUGCAAAAAAAAUACUAACUAAUGAAAGCAUUAGUUCUACUCCAUUGUAUAUGAAGAAACCUGAAAGUUGAAAUUAUGACAAAUUUUCAGAAAGCAGUAUUAUACUCUACCUACUACUAAGUCAUGAAACAUAAUUUAUAAAAGAUUUCAGAGACUGAAAUACUUUGUGUGUGUUCUGUUUAAUGCUUUUGUACAAUAAAAAAGUGAUGAAUGUACAAAGAGAAUGUAGUAGUCUUUAAAGAUUUAAAGAUACACUAAUGUUUGAGGUGAUGUUAAUUAGUGUGUUAGCAUUUUGGAAAUUAUUACUUAUGGAAACUAAAAAAAAGUUUGUUUGUUCUAUUAAAUGAAUAGUUAAUGAGUUUGAUUAUUUAUUGGAGGUAGUAUGCCUUUAAAAAUGCUAUGAUUACUCAUAUUCAAUAUAAUUUAUUGAACAAAAUGGAUAAACUACAUAAGGUUUGGUCCUGAAUUUCUUGUAUUUUUAUAAAAUUAUUCCUGCUCUAAAAUGAAAAGUCUCUCUAGGACUUACGUUUAUCAGGAUUGCCCGUUGUUCUUAAAAGUUAUUUUGACUUAUAAAAGAUUUAACGUGACAUCUUGGGUCAUUUUGUUAGAGAGCAAACAGACAGUGAAGAUUUAAUUUUUUUUUUUUUUUGACUACUUCUGAUUUCUUGCUUUGGUUUUUUUUGUUUGUUUGUUUGUUUGUUUGUUUGUUUUGUUGUUCUGCUUCUUAUUAUUAGUAGUAGUUGUAGCAGUAGUAUUCACAUCGUUUAUAAAGAUUUAUAUUAUUUAUAAAUGUAGUAGAGCACAAAAAGUAGAGGUCAUUGUUUGGGUCAAUUUCUGGUCUUUUUUUUUUUUUAUUUACACCUCUUAAAUAAAUUUACACCUCUUAAAUAAAUUUACACCUCUUAAAC